CGCUUAUCAGCUGAUUAGUCUGAGAUUUGUUUAUUUUUCCGCAUUAUGCAUAUUUCCAAUUGCUAAUCAGGAAUUAUAAUGCGUUGUUCUGUAAGAUACUGUGGCAACAACAAUCGAAAUGGCAAUAAAAAGAAUUGGCGCUACUUUCACUUUCCAAAAGAUAAGCAACAGCUCGAGAAAUGGAUUGAAUUCUGCGAGCGCGACAUAACAAAUCCAACAACAGCCUGUAUCUGUAAUGAGCACUUCACUCCGGACGACUUUGAGCGAAAUAUGCAAUAUGAGCUUGGUUUCACACGUAAGAACCCAACAAAAUUAAAACCUGGAUCCUAUCCCACUAUACAUGGGCCACAGACUAAGAUGUUAUUAAAUAAUGCUAAGGAUAAACGUAGAAGUUGUAAAAAUGCAAGCCCAUCUAGCAGCCAGAAAAAGAAGCAGAAAGAUGAAGAGAAUUCAAAGAGCUCACAGCUUAAGCAGCUUACCCCAAAAGCAUGCAAAAGAGAAGAGGAAGCUGCUGAAAGUGGGAAUAGCCAGUAUCAAAGCUAUGAAAUGAUAGAGUAUAUUAGCGAAUCGGACGAUGCUCCCCUAACUGAUGAGGGGCCACGAAUCGGACGAAUUGAAUUGGAAAUAAUUGACUCGCUUGAUCCCCAAACAAAUACUGAAGAACAUGUGGAAAUCAUUGAAUCUGAGAGCGACAGUUAUGCGAGGCAUUUAGAAUGCGAAGUGAGCAGCCUAAGGCGUCAGGUUUUCUUCUUGAAAGAUGAGCGUAAAAAACUGAUGGAUGAAAUUCAAAGCCUAAGAGCAAUAGUUCAAAACGCUAGACUAAAAGACGAAUCCCUGGAGACCCUUAACCUAGCCAAUAAUAAGACUAUUACGAAAAGUAAACACAGACCUCCAAUUAAGAAGACAGUCAUGCUAUACACAGCAAAUAUUGAUAGCAUCAGGAAAUUACGAAAAAUAAACAAAAACGACUGAGUAAAAACAACUCUAAUAACUAAAUUUACAAACAUAUGUAUAUAAGAAAUAUAUUUUUAUACAAACAUUGUUUAUACGUAAAUCAAGUCAUCAAGCUUAUCUUAAGAUUUAGUGAAAACUAAUCCAUUUGUUUGCAAGCAACAGGCAAGUCAAUCCGACUGAGUGAGAUUUUUAAGAAUUUUAUCUGCACUUUCCCAGAAGGAAUUCAGCUAAUCUCUUUCUUAUGUAUGUGUCGCUAUCAUAACUCAAUUUUAACGAGCAGGCAACUGUAUUGGGUGGGUUGUUCGUUCUUAUCGCGGAAAUUUUGUCUGGUAAAUUUCCGACAAGGUCAAAGUCAUUAGGACCACGACGCCUACAAACGAACAUAUUGAAAGAUUGAGCUGACCCUGCCUUGGCUCUACCUGCAGGCCUAUAAAACUGCGCCGCAACUUCCAAUCGACCUGCACUUCAAGCGAAACUCUCUGGCGAUCAACAACUUGCUCGAACCGGACCAGGAGCUCUGGCCAGUGGGCGAUAGAAACUGUUGCGACGAGGCGUAGGAGUGCCAAAUCAGCUGGAUGAUAAUACCAUCGCACUGGAACUCUGAAUAGUUGGCAAUGGGAACACAAAGCCCACAUGGAGCCGGAACCAUGGAAUUGCGCCAAG